GGUUUAAUGAACGAAAGUUGGCCUAUUACCUAUGUACUACAUAGUAAUCAAAUAUUCACGUGUGUAUAAUUAGCAAUGUGUAAGUAAGUAAGAUGUUAUAAAUUAUUGCAGGUCGUGUACACAAUUCUGUUUUCAGGUUAUGGUCCGUCGACGUUGUAGCGUUCUGUAUAUGCCUAUGCCGCGGUCAAAGUGUGUUCAGCUGACUUAUGACGGGUUAGUCCGUUUUUAAUAGCCGAACGCGUGCGACUGAAAACUGCUGUUACCUAUUUUUCGUCGAUCGUAUAUCAUAUUUUAUUACAAUAUUGUUACUGUCUUCGUGAAAUCGAAUUUGGAAUAAUGAACUCGGCGACCAGUGAGUACAUUUUUAUUAAUACCCCCCUCCCCUCCCUUAAUUACUAACGGGUACCUGUAGCUUGGCAGGUGUGUAGUGGGAAACGAAUACACAACGAUAAUAUUAUAUUCGAAGACCGUGAAAGGUAUUAUUAUUAUCAACGAUAUUAAUUAUCAUCGAUUGUAAGACGUUUCUAUUAGGUUAUUACCAUGGCUGUAGACAUGUAUACAUAUAUGCUACAACCGUGGUUAUUGCUAAAAACCAUUACUAGACAUUAUUACUACUUAUAAUCAAUGAUAAUGUUAUUUAAUUGGGUUUGGGACGCUCGCAUUUCGAACGAAUUUGUUAUUAUGUAAUAUAAUAGCAUAUUAUACUCGCGGUAGUCGCCCCCCCCCCCCAACAAAUUCCAUCAUAACGGAUUCUGUAGUAUCUUUGAUAUACUAAUGUAUUUUCUGUGAUUUUUGGAAAUCUACUAUCUAGUGCUGAUUCGUCUACGAGUUCUACGAGAUUAACGAAAGGGAAAACAAUGUCAGUGUACAUCGCUCGAGUAAAACACGAUCGAUUGAACCAUACUAAAUAUUAAAAUAUAAAAUGCUCGUUUCGAUUAAUAUAAUAUAAUAAUAUAGAAUGUGUGAUGUGUACGACAAAGUAAUGGUUGCAUUUUUUUUUCAUUUUUCGAUAAGUACCUAUGCAAUUUAAUUAAUUAAUUAAUUAAUUAAAAUAAGGGUAACAUAGUAAUAUGAAAAACCUUUAAUUUUUUAUUUUCAAACAUUUGAAACGUAUUAAGCACAAAACGUAACAUAUAUUAACACGGUCAAACAUUUUAACAAAUAUUUGACUGGUUAUGUCAAACUUCAAAAGUUUAAAGUUUCAAAAUUUUAAAUUCGGCAAAUAUUUGACAAAACGUCUGACCGUAUGAACCAUCGUCGUUUUAAAUGUGGUUAUCUUGGAUUUUGGAUUGUCGAAAUCGGUUAUCAGACAAUCAGCCCGUUAAAAUUGUUCAGGUUUUUUGUUUUAUUCGAAAUAAUAUAUUAUGUAUUUCGACGUUUUAUAACAACUUGCGGUGACGCACAUCACGAAAUGUAAUUUGGAAAAUUAUUAGUUUCCAAUGUUUUCAUUAUAUGCAGUUAUCACUUAUCAACGAUCAAAGUUCAGCAAUAUAUUUAAGUAGAUAUUUAGAAUAUACAUUUCUAUCUAAAUACUUUUCCUCCGAUGAACACUUUUAACUGCAGCUAUAUGAAUAUAACCAAGUUAAUCGACAAAAUACAUCUAUGUUUCUUAAAUGUAUGAUUCUUUAUUUUUAUAGAAAUUUUUUAUUCCCUUUGGACCUUUUUUUUCAAGUUUUCAGUGAUUUGUGGGAGAAAAUCGUUUUUUUAGAAUAUUUUGAGCACUACAUUUGAAUAAUAAUACAGUUUUCGAAAAUUUUGUAAACAAAAAAUCAUUAAAUUGAACGAUUCCACUCGUACUAAUAUAUAUAUGUACGCGUAUAUACUAUACGCGUACAUAUACAACCGGAAAAAAAUAAAAAAUAAAUUUGCAAAGAUAUUAGAAAGAAAAAAAAAAACCACUGUAUUUAUUAAAUAUACUUACCGAGUAUCUUGUACAUCGGAGACCGAUCGCAGUCGACGGACAGGAAGAGUUUCUCGACCGAUUUCAAGAGUUCGGCCAGUUCCUCGUGUACGGUGUUUAUCCGGUCGUUUUCUCGCUCCACGCCGUUUACCAGCUGCUGUAGAUUAUCCCUCAGCCCGUUCAUAUUCUCCUCUUGUUUCGAAGCUCUCGACUCGUUGAUGGAUCGUUGCUCUUGCACUCGGCCCUCAAGUGCUAACAUUUCCUUCUGUAGGUCGUCCACCUAAACACAUACAAACAUAACGGUAAUAAUGGUUUCCACAGCCAUAAUAUAUAUUAUGCAGACCAUUGGGAGGCAAACCCACUUCGCUGUUUAGUUCGUUGAUAUACGUGAAUAACGCAAAGUUCUCUUCCUCCUGUCUUAUAAACAGAUCCACAAUCCGAUCGAUGUUGGUUUCACCCACGUACAGUUGUAACCAUCCCAUCAGGUCGGCCCAUUUCUCCGCUUGUUCCUUUCGGUUGCCCAGCUCGCUUAGCUUCUUUUCCUCUUCCUUCCGUUCGAAAUCCGUUAGCACGCGGUGUUGUCCUAUCAGUGUUUUAAAAAAAAAAGAAAUCACUUUGUUUAAUAGUUACGGAGUAUAUAUAUAAUAACCAUUAACCACACGUAAGAUCUGUAGUAUUAGAUGUUUUUUUUUUUUUAAAUAUUUUUUUAUUGUUCGUAUCGAUUGACAUACUAGAGUAAAUUAAACCCACCUUUAACAGACAGGAAAUCUUGAAGUUUUAAAUCUCGAUCGUACUGCCUUUGCAACUCCUUGACUUCAGCCUUGUGCAGAGCGACUUGUUGUUUGUCUUCCUCGCUCAUGUUCAUCAACCUGUUUUGCGCUUCCUCUCUAUAGUUUAUAAUGUAAAAUACAAUAUUAUAAUAUUAUACACUUGUCUAUUGUACGAUUUUCUAUACACCUCUGUUCGUACGCCAUGGUGGCCUGUUCUAUCAGAUUCAUCGUGGUCUGUUUGCUUUCGUCCAAACGGGCCAUUAGAGCCUUGUACGAUUCGUUGAACUGCGAUCGCUGUACGAGCAAAUUAUCGAUUUCAUUUCUCAAACGAGCAUUUUCCGUCAAAACCUUAUUAAAUUUGACUGUUUUCUAAAAUUAUUUGUUGGCAUUAUAAUAUAAUAAUCAGGUAUACAAUUAACUCUAAAACUAUAAUAAUUAUAACUUAUAAAAUACUAUUAUAACAUCAAGUUUUUUUUUUGUAUUAUAAAAAAUAUACCACGUGUAAUUUGUUUUCCAGUAAUUCUUCAUGUUUUUGUAAAUCAUAAUCGACUUUAGUUUUCGAUUUUCCGGCCGAAGGUUCUCUCUGUCUGAAUAUCACAUCAAGUUCGUUUUGUAUUUUCAAUAUUUCCUUUUCGAUGCCGUCCAAACAUUUUUUCCGGUCCACUAAAUCGUCAUUCAUACUUAAGUAUUCGUUCCACUUUUCGAUUAAAGUUUCUUUCAAAUGUGCAUCGUUGUUUUCUUUGCGUUUAUUAUUGGCUACGUUUGUAUGUUCUAUCAAGUUCGUUUUUUCCUGUUCCAAACUUUUCAGAAUUUUUCUAAAACACGGUUUAUCGUUAUAAAUAUAGUAAUGCCAUUAUAAAUUAUAAUACUUACUUUUGUUUGGUCAAAAAACUACCCAUCUCUUCGGUAUACGCUUUUUUAUUACUUUCCAUGAGCAUGUAUUGCCGUUGGAGUCUGGCCAAUUCUUCAGCAAGAAUGUCGCUUCCAUUUUCUUCAACGUCGGUUGCAUUUGAAUUAUUAUCCAUAUGAAAUUAUAUAAUAAUAAAAAAAAAGAAGAUCAGAUAUAAUACAAAGUUAUACAUUUAAUGGUUUGUGUGCAUAUUAUGUUAGCAGGUAUACUAACAAACGACUUGUUGGGAACGCAGUUUAUCGAAAAAACCUAGUUUUAAGGUAACUAGGUAACACGUAACCACACACUAUACGCAGCAAUUGUAAAUAGGUACUAAUUUGUAAUGUUAUAUAUACGGCUAUAUUAUACAGGCAAUUGGAAUACACGUCACUAUAAAGUGCAUAUAACAUAAUCCUAUGCACACGUUAUAUUACUAUGUAAAUCGAAUUUUAGUAAGAAAAAUCGAAAACUGGUAAUACUUAAACUCUUAGUAUCAUUUGUCCUGUUUUGCUCUAUACUUGGGUCAAAAUCGGGACGUUCCAAAAAAUAAUAUUCAAUUAAAAUAAAUAGUAACACCUUAAAUAAAGUUUUAAUUAAUUUUAUAAUGUACGGCUCAUUUUAAGUUUUGACUCAUUUUAUGUGCAGGUAUACAAAAUACUUAAGAAUAUUGUAUAUUUCCCAUUUUACGACGACCUCGUCUACAUCAUUAAAAUACACUGAAGUGAUGUACAUUUCCUUACAGCCGUUGUUGAUAAAUAUCACAAAUAGUUUGACAAUUUUUAAUAUGUAUAAAAUAAAGAACAAUUGCUAUUCAGCAAAAAAAAAUUAGUUACAUUAAAUAAAUAACACACUUAUUUAAAGAUAAAAUAACAGUUUUCAUACAUGAAACAACAAAUAAAAGGCGCUUGUUAUGAUUUUAAUUUAUUAUUGAUAAGAUAAUUGAAAUUCAAAGAUUAUAUUUGUAUUGCGUAAUAUCAAAGGACCGAGAAUUCUAGAUAUCCGGGCUUUAAAUUAGUGUUACCAGUUUUAGACAUAAAUAUUUAAAAUGUCCCUGUUUCGUCCCAUUACACCUAUAUAUUUGUAUUUCCAUAACUGCACCAUUAUUAUAUCGAUACUCACGUUUUGAAACAGUAAAUAUUCAUGGGAUAGCCGUGAUAUAGAUUAGAUAAAAAUAUAUAAUGUUAUUAAUUUAAUAUAAUUUAUCAAUUUAGGUAUUUUGAUGUAAUAUAUUUAUUUCUACGUGACUAUCGAGUAACUUUUUUCGGUUUUUACUUUUACUAGGAAUAGGUAACAGAGUAUGCUUUAAUACCGUAAUACUCGACCGAUUUUCGAAUACCCUGCGAGGAAAGGGAAUAGCAUCAUUAGCUUCAUUGUCGGAAACACAUCAAUUAUUGUACAAAACGUGCAGAGAUUUCGCUGAAGGAGAACUUAAACCUAUAGCGGCCAAAACCGACCGUGAAAAACUGUUCCCAAAAAAACAGGUAUUUAUUGAAAUAAAUAAUUAUAAUUAUAAAAAUAUUAUACUUGGGCGUGAAUUUUAAUGAAAAAUAUAUUUGUAUCAACUAUGGAUGUAUUGGUAGUAAUAUAUUAUAGAUGGAUACGUUCAUGAUUCAUUUUUUAUAUUACCAAGAAUAUAAAAAACAGUUUUUUUUUCCAAGGUUGUAAAGUGCAUUUUUCGUAUGUUUUACCAAUAUUUUUAGAGAUACAUUAAACAUAUUAUUUUUGAAUUUUUGAGUGAAUAAUAUAAGCAUCGUAUUUUAGCUAUUAUAAGAGAAUAUAAAUCCGUACUCUAAAUUAAUUACACUAACGAGACGAGAUGAAUGUUUUUUCUUCUCUGGAUUUACAUCUUACUCUAUAAGAUUUAUUGACAUUAAAACGGCUUCCUUCAAUUUCUCCCAAUCCUAAAUAUUGGACAACAUUUUUGGCAUGGCUAAAUUAGCCAAAUCCUUUUAAACCACUGCACUUAACGAUCUUCUCCUGGAUUUCCCAGAAUUCCUGGGAUCUUAUGUAGGCUCCAUAAUUUAUACUAAUUACAAUACGGUGAUCAUUUUCGUAUACACACGCACAUUUUUUUAUUAAUUUGUUGACUAAAAUCAACUUUACUGCAGUGGUAGAGUUUACUAAGUAAUGUUUUGAAUGUUUCUCUGCAGCGUUGCACCUUCGGUAAAACUAAAUUAAUUAGUUUUUACAAAUUACUGAUAGCCAUAAUUGAAAUAGAUAAGCACGUAUAAACGAAAAAGUGAAAAGAAAAUUAAUUCAGUACGGUAAUUAUAAUCUAAAAAAACAUUAUAUUUAUGUUAUUUGUAUAUAGAUUGAAGAAAUGGGAGCAUUAGGUUUAAUGGCCAUUUGUGCUCCGGAAAAUGUCGGUGGUACUGGUCUUGAUUAUAUGUCUUAUGCUAUAGCCGCAGAAGAGAUUUCCAGGUUUAAAAUAAUAUAAUAUUUACAAAUGGAAAAAAAGUAUAAUAUAACAAAUCAAAUAUUAUAAUAAAACGAUGCAUUUAAUUUCCACUUUUUAGGUGUUGUGCUUCGGCUGGUACGAUAAUGUGUGUACACAACAUAUACAUUAACGCAAUACACAAUUUCGGCAACGAUAAACAGAAAGAAGAAUUUUUACGACCGUAUACAGAUGGAAAAAACAUCGCUUCGUUUUCCUUGAGCGAGCCAGGUAACUGAUACCUAAUAAUAUUAUUAUGGAAGGAGAUAAAAGGUGGAAACAAAAUAAGAAUGUAUAUUAAUUAAAUAUACACCUAUACUCUGUCCAACUUAAGAAUAUACCAUUUGCGCAUACCUCACUGAGCGCUGAACGUUGCCGAACCCCCCACUUGAUAGAUAAGAAACAAUCGUUACCAAUCGUACGCCGUUGUCGUCACUACUGCCAUCGUGUAUACAGCGAGUUAUAAUAUCUAUAAUACCUAUCGCCAAAUAAAUUGUAAUACAUACGCAUACCUAUAUACUGCUUUAGUCAAAUUAAUGGGCAACAUAGAUAAUUUGCAAAACUUAAAACGUAAAUUGUAGCGUUUAUUUAAAUUAAAACAAAACAUUUGUACGAGAAAAUACGUGUACGCACUAAGGCCGUUAAAACAAAAUUCAUUGAUAUUUUGUUCUCUAUGUAUAUCGUAUACCAUGAGUAUCGGCGGUGGCGAGAUUGAUAGGUGGGUGAGUGAGAUAUAUAAAAGAAUCUUUAUAAAUAUAAAUCAAUAGAAGUAUUUAUACCUACAAUGUAUUAUAUAUAUACACAUACGAUUUGUGUGGGGUUUUACUUCCAGCGAAGCAGCCCCAUUCUUAAUCUAAUAAUUAUACUAAGUUAAAUGGCUUCAGUCGUUUGAUGUCUUGAUAUUUUUAUAUUUUUAACUGAAUUACAAUAACUUCGUCUUCUUCUGGUUUUUCCAAAUCAUUAUGAAAUCAAAAAACGAUUUGUGCCAUAAGAAACAAGAUGUACAAUGAAACAAAAAAAGGUUUUUUGUCAUUUCUCAAUUAAAGCACUUUUCCUAAUAAUAAAUAUUUUCCGUAUUAAUGUAAAAUAAUAAUAUCGUGAAAUAUUAUACGUUUUUUUCCCGAUUAUUAUGAAAUCUAAUACGAAAAUCAAAAAAAUGAACUGCAUCAUUAAAAAAAAGAUUAAUAAUUCAACAAAAAAGGUCUCUUGUCGUUUUUAAAUUGGAGCCAUAUUUAUGCUAGAAAACGUGGUAGGUACUUAUUUAAAAUAAUGAAACCGUGAAAAUAUUGUAUUUUGUUCCCUGGUUAAUUGUUUUUAUUUUAAAUACGGUUUCGAAAAUCAAACAAUGACCUAUGUAAUUACAAAUUAGAUAAAAUUUACUUUUAGAAAAGGUCGGAAAGGCCUUAAACAUCGGAGCAAGUUUACUAGGAAAAAACGUGUUUACAGACUAGAACAAAGAAGAUGAGGAAGGAAAAAUAAACAGUAAACAAAACCAAUAGCUCCCUCACUACGCUAUUAUAGUUUUAGUUUUUACUUAAUUAAUAAAUAUUAAUUAGAAUAUAUUACUAAAAUUAUUUUGUCGAGUUUUUUUAUUUUUUUAAAUAUGGUCAUCUUACUUUAAUACUUAAUAUACUGAUGAUGCUUAUAAAUUAGGACUGGGAAGUGACGCCAGUGCGGUAACGACAAAAGCUACAAAAAACGGAUCGGUUUAUACGAUUAAUGGCACAAAGUCGUGGACUACGAACGGCGUGGAGUCAAAAGCAUUAAUUGUGUUCGCGACCACUGAUAAAUCAAAAAAACAUAAAGGGAUCAGUUCGUUUUUAUUAAAAAAAAAUAUCCCCGGUAAGUCUGCACUGUAUAUAGUAUCUACCAAUGGUUGCCAAACUUUUUUUGAUUACGUCACUUUAAAAAUAAAAAUAAAAUAAUUACGCUCCUAUGAAUAAAUUAACUACAAUUUUGUAUUGUUUAAAUACUCAAAUAUUUUUAUUUUUAUGAUAAUACAAAUCAACCAAAAAUAUCAUUUAAUUUCAAUUUAAGUAGAACAAAAAAAAAAAGAAUGGCUAGUAUUUAACUUUAAUGUGAAUAAUGAGCUUGUUUUUUGUGUAAUAAUUCUUCAAAAUUAGGCAACAAUUUUGUGACAGCUUCACUCAUUUUUUUAUUAACAUUAAAUUUUGACUGAUAUUUUGAUUUGAAUACUUACAGCAACUGCAGAAAAUCCUGCUUCACAUAAAUAUGAUGUCGUAAAUGGUAGGAAUAUAUAUACAGCUUUUUGGUGAUUUCAAGAUAUUCAACUUUAAUGUUAUUCCAAAAUCCUAAAAGUGAAUAAUAUGAAGAAAAUUGUAUUCCUAACGAAGAAUCAGAUGAAAUAUCGUUUAAUUGUUCUUCUUCUGUAGUUGUGAACUGCAAUAAUAGGUUUUCAGUAAAUGGGUCUUUAAUUCAAUUGUAUUGUUUAUUUCUUCUGGGAAAUAUUUCAGGAAAUUAAUUUUAAGAGUCAUCAGAUGAUCAGAAAUUAUUUGUGUUGAAGUCAUUCAAGUCAGUUAAAGAUCAUUCUAGAUCUUCUAGAUCGUUUUUUAAAAGUGGAAAAUAAGUGGUUUUACUGUUUUCUUCAGUUUCCUUUGUCGACUUUUUCUAAUUAAAGCAAUCACUUUAUCAUAUGAUUGCAGAACAUGAGUUUCUUCAUCUUUUAAAGAUAUUUUGAGCACAUUAAGUUUUUUUAAAAAUGUCACAUAAAGACGCUAAUUUGAUUAUAAAAUUAUUAUCAAUAAACGUUUUGGAAUAAUUAUGAUUUUCUUCACUCGAACAAGUGUAAAUUGCUGGUCAAAGUUCUAAAAUUCGUACUAAUAGGUACAUAAUCUUUUAAUAGUCAUGUAUAAUGAAUAAAUUAAAAUUAAAUAAAACACAUAUAUAACAUUCUUUAAUGUCUAUAUUAAUGUAAGUAAAAUAAAAGUCUAAAUAACUAUCAUUUUAUUUUCUAAACUUAUGUUUAUUUUCUUCUUUACUGAUAUCUUCAUUUGGACGUAAUGUAUGAGUACGUCUUGAUGUAAUAUUGAGAAAUGUUUCCAUUUUAAACAAGAGUAAAUAUAAAACAUUAAUGAUGAUUAUUUUAUUUUAUUUUUUAAUUCGUCAAAUUGUCAAUUUUAACACCCCUUCUAAAAUAUGUCUUCAGUACGAAAUAUGUCUAAAACAAUGGGUAUUUUUACAGGCUUGUCUCUGGGGAAAAAAGAAAACAAAUUGGGCAUACGAGGAACGUCAACAUGUAAUCUAAUAUUUGAGAACUGUAAUGUGCCUGAGGAAAACGUUUUGGGAGAGCUGGGGAAGGGUUUCAACUAUGCGAUGAUUACAUUAGGUGAGCGAUAUUAGAAAAAAAACACAUUUUGGUAAAUGUAAACACAUAUUUUUUAUUAUAUGUGUAGAUUUUAUUUUAUUCACCAUUAGGAGAAUAAAAAUUGAGAUACUCAUGUAUCAAAAUAUGAUUAGUAUGACAAAUAUUGUACUUGGACUAUAUUAUAAUACGUGGCCGACCCCAAAUAGUUGGGAUGAAGGCAAAGGAGAAGAAGAAGUAAAUGUUAUGUGUGGUAUUUUAGGAUAGUAAGGUUACAAUACACCUGUAGCCCCGAAGGAAUUUUUUUGUUAAAAUUUAACACUUUUGCGUGUAAGCGAGGUCCUAAUAAAAAUAUUGAGCAACCGUUGAAAUCAGUAGCCUGGCUGGUUUCAUCGAAAUCGUUUGUCAAGAUGAAUCUAUCAAUUCCCGAUUCUGACAAAUCAAAAAUCAUGUUGACUAUUUUGGAAGAUACGAAUAUCUGAUAUUAUUAUUAUGAUAUUAUUAUGAUGAUUAGUGAUAUUAUUUGUUAACUUUUUAACUUCAGUUGAAACUAUUAAAUGUUAACAGAUACUAAGAGACACAGAAUAGGUAGCGUUGAAUUUGAAUCAAUCAAAACAAUAGGCGAAGAUGAUUGACGAAGAAAGAGUGCUUGUUGCUGGAUAACGCUCGUACCAUACCACAUGCAAACUAAUAUGUCUCCUCAUAUAUUUUGGUUGGAAUGUUUUGAACCAUCCCUCACAUAGUCUAGCUUCACACCAAGUGACUUCUUUCUUUUUCCUUAACAAAAAAAUUGGGCGGAAUUUUCUAACGAUAAAAAAAUCAAUGAGGAAGAUGCCUUUUCAAUCCCAAAAAUAUAUUGCCAUGAUUUUUGACUCUGUGGAAUUGUGAAUUGGCGGAAUCAUCUAAAAAAACAAUUCUGAUGAAAUUAGCCAGACUAUAGUAUACAGAUUCUGACGACCAUUCUUUGUUGGAACCACCUCUAAACGCAAUAGUGUUAACUUUGAAUAAAAAAAAAAUUACAGGAUUACAGGAACAUUUUACGCUUACUUUCUGAAUAUACUUGGUAGUAUAUGACAUUUUGUAUGCUCCCAUUGGAAUAAAAAAUGUAUUGAACACUUUUUUUAAAAUAAGAGUAAUAAUUUUUAAGAAGAAUCUCAUCAAGAUUAUCGGUUUUAGACGCCGGCCGCAUUGGAAUCGCCGCCCAGGCUUGCGGUAUCGCUCAGGCAGCCCUGGAACUAGCCGUCGAUUACGCAUCCAAGAGGGUUGCGUUCGGGGCUCCGAUUACUCGGUUACAGACGAUACAAGUAAGACGAAUGAGUUUGAUAAUACCGGGCGUCGUUUUUACUUCUAUUUAUUUCUAUUCGUUUUCAUUUAGAACAAAAUUUCUAAGAUGGCGGUUAAUGUAGAGACUGCCAGGCUGUUAACUUGGCGCGCGGCUUCGCUAAAAGAUGCGAAAACACCUCACACAAAAGUAAAUAUCUAUGAUUUGAAAAGAUAAUAAUAUAGUAUUCCAAAAUAAAGAAUACAUUUUACACUAUAAUUUUGUACGAUUCUUGAUGAACGGGUUUACUUAUUUUUCUUUUUCAUCUCGAAGAAGCAAACGUGAGCUAGUAGUUUUAUUCUUGCCUUUUACGUCUACCCCAACUUAUCUGCACAAUCGACCGUAUAGCUAGCCCUAGAUACCAUCGAAAUCUUUUCUCACUCGUUAUCUUCGUUAUACUUACUUCGAUAAAGAUUUACCUCGUCUGAAUCUUCGAUUAUCCAGAUAUUAUAAUAAACGCAUUUUUCUCUCCAGGAAGCCGCUAUGGCCAAGCUCGUCGCGUCUGAGGCUGCCACGUUCAAUGCACAUCAGUGCAUACAGGUGUUGGGAGGCAUGGGUUACACGUCGGACAUGCCGGCUGAGAGGUAUUACCGCGACGCCAGGAUCACGGAGAUCUAUGAGGGCACGUCCGAAAUCCAGAAUAUAGUCAUCGCUGCUAACAUCUUUAAAGAGCGCGGUCUGUGAAUUUCAAUACUAUCGUCUGCAGUUCAAGGAGAUUUUUUUUCUUAUUCAUGAUUAUUUCAAAAAUAUAUUAUUAAACCUAUAUUAAAUGGUGACUAGGAAAAAUAUUAUUUAUGAUAAUGUUUUAAAAAUGAAAAAUGAUUUCCCA